CUGAGUCAAAACAAGAUUGGGAGGACGGAGAUGAAAAAGGACAUUUUGGCUGCCGUGGUGUACAGUAUCUCACAAAAGCGGGUGCAACCCCCAUGAAAUCCCAUCUUUUCAUGGGACGACGCUGAAGAAAUGACACACAAUGAAAAAAACUUCAGACAGGAAGUGGCAAAGCUGACGUGUGUCUAGCUGAUGAUGCAGAAGACCAGAAAGGGAAGUAGAAGCAGCAAAAUGGACGAGGACGUGAAGAAAGAAGGAAACGUUUACCUUCAGCACCACCGCUUUGGAAAGAGGUGGAAGAGCAUGUGGUGCGUGCUGUUCAGGGAGAGUUCCUCAUCCAUCUCUCGCCUGGAAUUGUGGGAAAUCAAAGACGGUGGCGGCGGCGGCGGCGGCGGCGAAAAGAAGCAAAGGAGCGGGCGUAAACGCACCAAGGUGAUCCGUUUGUCCGACUUGGUCCGCGUGAGCGCCGACGUCCGCGUGGAGGCGUGUCCCGCCGACUCCGCCCCGUUCCUGCUGGAGACGGCGGAUAAGGUGGUGGUGCUGGCGGCCCGCGCCGAUCACGUGGCGCACUGGACCGCCGCGCUCUGCCAGAUGGCCUUUCCCGUGAGCUGGGAAGAACAACAAAAACAAAAGCCGGAAGAAGAAGGCAUGCGGGACAACGCUUUGUACAGCAGCGCCACCGCUGCGGAGACCGCCGCAGGCAGUGACUUCCAGGUACGCGUGCGUCCCACUUCCUGGUCCGAGCGUUGCGGCCUGCGGGGCGACGUGGUUUUGAGAGCUUCGGCGGACGCGCUCCACCUGCUGGACGCUCGAGGCGCCACGCUGCUGAGUUGGCCCUACAGAUUCUUGCGACGCUUCGGCCGUGACAAGUCCCGCUUCUCGGUGGAGGCGGGUCGUCGUUGCGCGUCCGGCGAAGGCAACUUUGAGUUUGACACCAAAGAAGGUCACGCCCUAUUCCGAGCGGUGGAGGCGGCCAUCGGCCUCCAGCGGGCUCGGGGGACGGGCGUGAGGCGGGACCCCUCCCGCAAGGCCAACCUGCCGCCCUUGCCGCCGACGCCGCGGGGCCACCGCUCGCCGCCCUCCGCCGCCCAGGUCAGUACAUACGGUCGCGUCCCGACGCGGGCGAGUGACGGCGCGUGCGGUCCGACCCGUCAGGUAGCGACGGGAUUGGGCGACCUGGCGCUGGACGCGGACGCCGCGUAUUCGCGGGUCUCCUCGCCGACGUACGCGGACGCCGCGUACUCGCGGGUCUCCUUGCCGACGUACUCGGAAGCGACGGGAAUCCCCGGCCGGAGAGCCGAACACAUUUACGACGAGCCCCGGGCGGGAGGGUCGGCGGCCUCCGAGUACGACGCCCCGGAAGAGCUGAGGGGCGAGGCUUGGCAAGUCAUGGCCGCCCCCGACCAUCUUGGACACGGCGUCUACACGGUCCCCAAGCGAGCGGAAAAAAGCGCGCCGUGAGGCGACGGCUCGCCGUGACUAAAAGUCGACCGUACUUUGAGGAACUCUGGGGUUUUUCCUAAAGGGCCGUAUAAAUGAGUUUGAUCUGAUUUGAGCCAUAUAUCGGCAGGCCGAUAUAUGGCCUUUUUUUCAAGACCGGCGAUCGCCCGAUAUAUAGCCGAUAGAAUGGAUAACUGUUAUGUUCACUGUUUGAGUGAUGAUCCUUUUUUCACCAGGGUCGACCCAUAUAUUGGCUAUACGUGGACUUUUUUCAAAAUGGCCCGAUAUAUAGCUAGUGAUGAUCUUUUUUCAUUGUCAUUUUACACCACCAGUGUUACAAAAGGAAGUAGCAGAGGAAGAAAAAAAUGGUUCUAAUAUAUACAUUUAUAUAAUGAGUGUUUCAGUUGUCGUUCAUAAUCAUCAUGCUAUUAAAAAACGUAUGGGAAAAAAAAGCAGGUCUCAAAUAUCAGCUUCCAAAAUUGGAUUAAGACAUCAGCUGAAUUUUUGGUGGCCUUUGAAAAUCCAUGAUGGUCAUUUUGGGAUGAAAAUCCAGCUAUAAAGCUCACUAUUUUAAGACACGACCACACACGCAGAGGAUCAGGGUGAAGUCCCUGUUCUCUGUCCAAACUGAACUUUGGCUUUUUAGCCCAAAAUAUGCACGGCAGACUAAGUGGCACAAAUUGAACACCCCGAUUGUGGCAUUUAAUGAGCUGAAAUACGUCAAUAAACUGUACAAUCGGUCAUUGAAAUCGUACGGGUUGGAAGAAUGGAUUUGUGCUGAAAUUGGUGAGUUCAUCAUCCAUACUGCUGAUUUUCCACAUUUCAUUUUUUUCCUCAUAAAUCAUGUCAAUAAAAGCUUUGUAAUGAGUUACAGCCAACAUUAAAAAGGACAAACUAGCACACCACCACAAAAAUGAAGACAUUCAUUUCAUUCUGUUACACCGAGAUAAACAACUAUGUUUAGUGGGGGCGGCAGUCUGAAUUGGGGGAGAGAGCAUCUUUCAUUUCCUUUCUUGGCGUCUUUUUUUCCUUUUCCUGCCCCGGCCGGGCACAAGCCGGUCCCGGCCUAUGGGAUGGAUAAGUAGCUGCUAAGCAGAAAUGAGACGAACGCUCCAGUAUAUUGGCAGCCAACCGCCGUAAAACCUCAAGAUCAAAGGGACGGACUUCCACAUCGAUAUUACAUUUGGAACAACCAAGAUAUACAGUAUCUUUAUAUAUUGAAAGAUGGGUCCAAAAUAACAUAUUCUUAGUUACUCAAUUAUUAAACGAAGAUGCUCAACUUUUCACUUCUCAAGAAUUUUUUUUAUCUUAUAGUAUUGUUGUUACACCUCGUGAAUAUUCUGUUGUGUUUGAUGCCAUACCAGAGGGUUCUCGAAGAUUAUUACAAAAUUCCCCUAAAGGUAGAGAUUGUAACGUGCCAAUCUUUGAUCCAAAGUCUCUGUUUAUUGGUUAUAAAUGUGCACUAUUAAGCUCUGAAGCCUCCAACCAUUGUUUGAGAGGACUUAUUCAAAAGGAGAUAGUUUCCAAACCUGCAGCAAUUUCUUAUUGGAAUAAUUUAUAGGAAAAUAUUGAAUGGAAACAUACUUGGCUUUUGCCCAGAAAAUAUUUAUUAGGAAAUCACACUCAAAUGACUUCACAGGUAUUAUCCUGUAAAGACGACAAUGGUUAAAUUUAAAAUGAAUAUUGAGACAUUAUGUUCUUUUUGUGCAAAUGCAGAGGUAACUAUUUCCCAUUUGUUUUGGGAAUGUACUUACUCCCACGUAUUUUGGGUUGACCUGAACAAUUAUAUUCAUUCCAAACUUGUGCUGUCAUUGAAAAUUGUUUCUAGACAUAUUUUGUUUGGCCUAUCCAACGUUGAAGAACCAGAAAUGCAUAAAAGAUAUGUUGUAAAUCUUAUUUUAAUAUUGGCAAAAUUUCACAUUCACUGUGUAAAAUAUGCUAAUCAAAGACCAAAUGUUCAUGUUUUUGGGAAAAUGUUUUCUUGAUAUUUGGACAAUUUAAGUUCCUCUUUGAACCCCAAAGCUAUAAGUACCAAAAGACUUUGCAAACAGUACGGCUUUUGUUAAAAAUGACCCCGACCAUUUUAUUUAUUAUU